AUCUAUUGGGGUGUUUUUCGUAAUGUAGCCUAACUUCAGGAUUAUUUUUUCUGGGUAAUCUACCCUAAAUAUUUAACAGAGUGGCACCAAUCAUUACAUACUCUGCAUACAUCAUCCAUUUUAUCUGUUUCUUUUUUUCUUUUUCAUUUUUUUUUCUUUUUUCUUUUUUCUUUUCUUCUCUAAAUGGAUGUCACAAAGAACUGCUUAUGUAAGCAAACCCCCCUGAAACUGUUUACUCAUGGCCCAUAUUUCAUAAACACCCCUUUUCUCCUAUAAAUACCCUUUCUCUUCAUGCAUUGUCACCUUACCAUCAACAAACAAAAAAAAAAUAAUAAUAAUAAUAAUAAUAAUAAAUAAAAAUCAAGUCUUUAACCAAAUGAUGCAAUCAGAAAUCCAAGAAAUGCACUACUUUGCUCCUCAAAACCCCUCACCCUAUCAACCCAACUUCAACUUGAUCCAAAACACCUCACCAUCAAUGCAGUACAAUCGGUUCGUACCAGCCAAUUUACCGAAUUACCCUCCGAUUUCACUUCUCAACGAAUUAUGUCCCAACUCUAAUUCGACGUCCGAUGAAGCAGAGGACAAUCAGGUUGGUUUAGUUGACGAGAGGAAGCAGAGGAGAAUGAUAUCGAAUAGGGAAUCUGCGCGGAGAUCGAGGAUGCGCAAGCAGAGGCACCUGGACGAGCUGUGGGGCCAGGUUCUUCGUCUGAGGAACGAGAAUCAAAAUCUCGUUGAAAAGCUGAGCCAUGUCUCGGAGAGCCACGGCAGAGUUGUCGAGGAGAAUGCGAGGCUCAAGGAGGAAGCUUCCGAUCUCCGACAAAUGCUGAUGGAUGCACAGAUUAGCAAUUCAUACGCCGUCUUGAGAGAUUUCGAAGAUCUUGAAUCUUCGGAACAGUCCGUCGUUACUUCCAAGAACCUGUUCGAUUGAGCAAGUUGAACGAACGAGCUUCCUUUUUUUUUUUUUAACUAACUCGGAGUUGUCGAAUUGCUUUCGUUUGUAUCGCUACUUCCUUUCUUUUUUUGUUUAAGGGUUGAUGCUAAUGAUGAAAUGCUUUUUAUCCUUGAUCAA